UUUCUUUCCGUGUGCCAAGUUCCGGGUAUCCUCCUGCUCCUCAGAAAUUAGGGUUCUCGGAGGAAGAAGAAGAGAGAGGCUCUUCGACUCCUUUUUCUCACACUGAUUCAGAUUAGCUGAUUUCCCGAGGGCAAUGGCCUCUUUAUUCAAGGAUCAAGUGAAGCUAUCAGCCUAUAGGGACAGGAGAUUCCCAGGAACACAAGAAGAGUUCGAAGAGGCACUUCGGACAUCUUCAACUGUUUACAUCGGGAAUAUGUCUUUCUAUACAACUGAAGAACAGGUUUACGAGCUUUUUUCCAGGGCUGGAGAAAUAAAAAAGAUAACCAUGGGGUUGGAUAAGAACACGAAAACACCCUGUGGCUUUUGUUUUGUCCUGUUCUAUUCCAGAGAGGACACAGAGGAUGCAGUCAAAUAUAUAAGUGGAACCAUUCUGGAUGACCGGCCUAUUCGUGUGGACUUUGAUUGGGGAUUCCAAGAAGGUAGACAAUGGGGUCGUGGUAAAAGCGGUGGACAGGUUCGAGAUGAAUACCGUACAGAUUAUGAUCCUGGUAGAGGAGGUUAUGGAAAAUUAGUUCAGAAAGAACUAGAAGCACAGAGGCAGCUUGUUGAUUAUGGUGCUGGGUCAUUGGGAUCUUUUCCACCAGUCCUGCCAUCGAACUACGGAAGGCACGGUGGAGGCCAUGGCCAUGGAGGUUCAUAUCGCCAUGGUAGAGGUGAUCACCAUCGUAAACGAUACAGAGACGAUGAUCGCUAUGGACGGGAGCCCUCGAAAAGAACAUCGGAUCACGAAUCUAGAAGAGACUCUGAUCAUGAUAUGAGACCGGAGAAAAACCCGAGAUUUCGAGAGACGGAAGAGAAGAUCUUAAGAACUUUUAAAAAAAUUUAAGGUUGGGGAGCUUGAAUUGUUCGUUUCCUCGUCUUAUGGAGGAUCAGUGUGCGGCCGAAGAAACAUCUUUACGCACUGUUUGUCAGUCUGAACUCAAAUCCAGUGCCAAGAUAUUUCUCUCUUGUCUGAAUUUCUUAUCUACAGUUAUGUACAAGCAGUUCUGGUUACAUGAACACUCUGACACUAAGCCCCCUUGUCAAAAUUUAGACAAGAACAGAAAUGAAAUCAUGUUCCAU